AUAGGAUAAUCAGGACUCCAUAGAUUAGAUUACACAGAGAGAAAGCAUGCUAUGCUCGUACACGCCUUGGGUACAAGCGAGUUAUCCUCAACAUUUGAAUCUACUAAAUCAAAAUUCCGAUAUUUCAAUCCCUAAAACAAAGACCCAAUUCCAAAGGAAGUCUUUUGGCAGUCGAUUUCACGAUAUUGACGAUGAUGCUGAUAGUUCUGGGUUAUUGAAAUUUGCAUUGCCAUCCCAUGUUAAAUCCAUUACAAGCACUUCAAACCCAUUUGUAAAACACUGUCUUAAGCUCAAAAACAGCUCUUCUUAUCGCCAUUCUCAUGCUUCUGUCCUUGUUGUUGGCACUACUCCUCUCAGGGAAAUAUACUGGUAUAAAGAAGCUUCACAAGAGAAAACUGUAAUAGACUUUUUGCUACUACUUGACAAAGCUGAGAUUCCUGAAGGACUAGAUACUCACUCUGGUCAUGUUGUGCGAAUAAGCUCCACGGUAAUGAAAAAACUUUCUGGGGUGCAAUCAGCUGAGUCUAUUGAGGCGAUUGCCUUGAUGAGGUUCCCUACCAGUUUUUUAAAUUUAUCUGUUGAUCAAAACAAGUCUGAUUCUCAGAGUUGGUUCCCAUCCACACAUCGAAUUUUAGUUCUUGAUGGAAUUCAGGACCCUGGUAAUCUUGGUACAUUAAUCAGAUCAGCUAUGGCCUUUCAGUGGGGAGGUGUAUUUCUUCUUCCAGGUUGUUGUGAUCCGUUCAAUGAGAAGGCACUCAGAGCGAGCCGGGGAGCCUCCUUUCAGUUGCCUAUAGUUUCCGGCAGUUGGAGCCAUCUUGAAACCUUGAAAGGUACAUUCAACAUGAAGAUGCUAGCUGGCCAUCCAGAUGCUGAUUGGAAAACGGAAAAACCUUUUUCACUAUCCCAAGAAUUCGUACACUCGUUAGUGCAUGCUCCACUAUGCUUGGUUUUGGGAAGUGAAGGACGUGGGCUGUCCGAGAAAUCGCAGCUGGAAUGUGAGCUUGUGAGCAUUCCCAUGUCAGGAAAAUUUGAGUCUCUCAACGUUUCUGUUGCUGGCGGGAUUUUCUUGUAUAUGUUACAGCCUAAAAACUAGAGAUUGAAGUCUGAUUUAGUGCUCCAUUUCCCACCAUUGUUGAUUUCCUCAUUUCUUUCUUGCCAAUU